AUGGAGGCAAUUUGCCGAGUCGCAGGAAUAUCACAAACAUUCACGAAGGGGUACAAUACCCACGAAAACGGUGUGACGGAGAGAGCCAACCAAACGCUGUUAAGGGUGCUGAAGAAGCGAGGUGGAAUAACAGUGGAAUGUGACAAGGUGAUCCCGGACGUCACGUAUGCAUAUAAUGUAAGCCCGCUUGCAGCCACGGGCAAGAGUCCAUUUUUCGCUCUUUAUAAGUUUGACCCCGUAUAUCCAUCAAAUGUGAUACCUGCUAGCGAAACCUCGCCUUAUCGAAUGGACAUGGACGACUAUCGUUCCAAUCUGAUGUUUGGAAUGAAGCUAACGCAAGAUCUCAUAAAAGGAAAUGCUGAAAGCUACACAAAUAAGAUGAAAAAGCAGUACGAUAAAGGACUAGACGUGGACUCUAGUAAGCUCCCCAAGGUCGGAGAGUGUUUUUCAAAAUGCCCGCUGAAAAAGGCAAAUCGGAACACCCGAAACUAA